GUGGACGGCCUUAAAGCACCACGGAUUUCAAGUCAAUCUUAAAGCACCACGGCUUGGUGCUUCGUAAACCCUACGGUCCUCUCCGCUCCGCAGCCACACCUCACGCACACUCCGAAUGGCGUGGCGAGGUUCCAUCUCGCGAUCGUUGCUCAACGCCGCGCGGUAUUCCGCCACCCGGUCGCAGCCUGCGGCGGCCUCCCGCAUCCGCGCUCCGCCUUUCGCAGUCCCUCGCCUCCAGCGCCGCCAGCACUCCUUCGCCUCUCCCCGACAAAAAAAAAAUCGUCGUAGGAAUCUGGGGGAACUUGGGUGCAUGCAGUCCUUCCUUCCGCUUUACAGCACGGUGGCCGCUCCUCGACUCACCUCCCACCUGUCGGUCAACCCGAGGGCGUGUUGUGAGCUCUCUCAGGGGAAAAAUGGAAAAGAUGGUUGAUGGAAGAUACAGGCGUCGUUCAAUGGGAAUCAAUGUGAAAGCCCACGUACUUAAUGAAUCAAGUAUUAGCUGUGCUUCCGAAAGGAGGAUUAUCGUUAGGCAUCGAACCAGAACAUGAUUAUCAUUCUGUAGAAUGGAAGAGUACAAAUGAUUCUUCUCGUUUCACUGGUUUUUAACUUUUAGCUUACAUGUGCAAGAAUAAGUAGAAUUCAGUUCCUGCGGAAAAAAAAUUGUUUUAUAGCACCAAGAUUUCAACAAUGGCCAAGUAAUGCCUGCUAGUUCUUUUUGCCAGAUUUUUGUUUUUUUAUCGAGCAUACUUUCCCGAGGUUAUUAAAUUCUUGUCGGAUUGACAAGGCUGCA